AUGGCUUCGUUGCGGACCUUUUCGGUACCGUCGUUCCGGCUGACGCAGUUGGCCCAAGAUGCAUACGAAUUGCCUCUGCAGACCUUAGCGAACACCCAUGAGUCGCAUCCUUCUCUGGGGCAUCUUUGCCUCCUGGUCUUUGAGGCCGUCCUCGAAGUAGUCUGUGUCAGUUUGCCAGGCUACAUCGUUGCGCGACUCGGCCACUUUGAUGCUGAGAAGCAGAAGUUUUUGGCAAACCUGAAUGUGAUGCUGUUCACGCCAUGCCUAAUCUUCACAAAGCUCGCCUCGCAGCUUAACGCUGAGAAGCUUUCCGACCUCGCCAUCAUCCCCGUGAUUUUCAUCGUCCAGACCUUUGUGUCCUGGACUGUAUCCGUUCUCGUCGCGAAAGUGUUCCGAUUCAACAGACGCGCCUCCAACUUUGUCACCGCCAUGGGCGUCUUUGGCAACUCAAACUCGCUGCCCAUUUCUCUCGUUCUCUCGCUUUCGCAGACACUCAAGGGCCUGCACUGGGACAAGGUUCCUGGAGAUAACGAUGAUGAGGUCGGUGCCCGAGGCAUCCUAUAUCUCCUUAUCUUUCAGCAACUUGGUCAGCUCGUCCGCUGGAGCUGGGGCUAUCACGUCCUCUUGGCUUCCAAGGACAAGUAUCCUGAGUAUCGCGAGCAGAUCGCCGAGGAAGGACAGCGAUAUCACGAUGAAGAACACGAGGAACCCGAGAUUGAGGUUCUGAUCGAGGGUCUUGAUGGGGAGACCGAGGACGAGGGAGACCGACAGAGCAUCGAUUCGGAAAACUAUGACCCUGCCGGUCGCACGCCCAUUGCCCAUGCUUCCCGAGUCUCGCUGGCUGUCUCUAGCGAUGAUGAUUUUCUUUCCAAGAAGACCACUUUCAAGAACCACCAGGGACAGGCUGGAACCAAUGGCUAUCUUAACGGUAACGAGGGUGGUAUUGAGACAUUCCCUCGUGUCCCAUCGUUGGAAGACGAUGAAGAGUCCUGCGGUUUCUUGGGGCGAGCGACCUCGUCGGCAAAGGCCCCUUUCAUUCGCCUCGGAAAGGCGACAUCAAAGGGUGUCUGCAACUUGUACCAGAAGUCCCCCGCUCCGGUCAAAUCGUUCCUGAAGUUCAUGAAGCGAGUCGGUGAGAGGUUCAACAACUUCAUCUGGGAGUUCAUGAACCCCCCGCUCUGGGCCAUGCUCAUUGCCAUCCUGGUCGCCUCUAUCCCCGCCCUUCAGCGUCUGUUUUUCGAAGAGGGCUCUUUCGUCCAGAACAGUGUCACCAACGCCAUCCGUUCCAGUGGAGAUGUCGCUGUCCCGCUGAUCCUGGUUGUGUUGGGUGCUAACCUUGCGCGCAACACCAUGGCCAAGGAUGAAGCUCUCGACCCUGAGGAGGAGCGCAUCGGUAACAAGCUCCUGGUCGCCUCCCUCCUUUGCCGUAUGGUUUUGCCCACCGCUAUCAUGGCUCCCAUGCUCGCGCUGAUGGCCAAAUACGUGCCCGUCAGCAUUCUUGACGAUCCCAUCUUUGUCAUUGUCUGCUUCCUGCUCACCGGCGCUCCUAGCGCUCUACAGCUGGCUCAGAUCUGCCAGAUUAACAGUGUCUUUGAGAAGACCAUGGGCAGAAUUCUGUUCCAGAGCUAUGUCAUUUGGAUUCUUCCCUCCACUCUUAUUCUGGUAAUGAUGGCCCUUGAGGUUGUCGAGUGGGCUCGAUGA